GCGGGCGCUGUGCUGCGGCGCGUCGGCGGGGGGCCCCCGGAGCGCGGAGGACCGAGCAGGGCCCGCCGGCCUCCUCCAUGAGGCCUGAGUGAGGCGCAGCGGUGACAGGCGGCCCGCGGCGCCUCCCGCGCGUCCUAUUCGGAGCAGCGGCGGCGGCACCCCCCCCGUUGGAGAGCAAGGAGCAUGUCGGACAGUUUCGAUCGGGCUCCAGGUGCUGGUCGGGGCCGGAGCCGGGGCCUGGGCCGCGGAGGGGGCGGGCCUGAGGGCGGCGGGUUCCCGAACGGAGCGGGGCCUGCGGAGCGGUCGCAGCACCAGCAGCAGCCGCCGCCGCCGCAGCCCAAAGCCCCGGGCUUCCUGCAGCCGCCGCCGCUGCGCCAGCCCAGGACCGCCCCGCCGCCAGGGGCCCAGAGCGAGGCCCCCGCCGGCUCCGCGCGGCCUCCCCGGCCUGGGGCGCUCCCAGAACAAACGAGGCCUCAGAAAGCUCCACCUAGUUCACAGGAUAAAACCCCACAGCAGAACUCGAAGUCAGCAAUGGCUAAGCCCCAGGUGGUCGUGGCUCCCGUGCUAAUGUCAAAGCUGUCGGCGAACGCCCCCGAAUUUUACCCAUCAGGUUAUUCUUCUAAUUAUACAGAAUCCUAUGAAGAUGGCUGUGAGGAUUAUCCCACUCUAUCAGAAUACGUUCAGGAUUUUCUGAAUCAUCUUACAGAACAGCCUGGAAGCUUUGAAACAGAAAUUGAACAGUUUGCAGAAACCCUGAAUGGGUGGGUCACAACAGACGAUGCUUUGCAAGAACUUGUGGAACUUAUCUACCAACAGGCCACGUCUAUCCCAAAUUUCUCUUACAUGGGAGCUCGCCUGUGUAAUUACCUGUCCCAUCAUCUGACAAUUAGCCCACAGAGUGGCAACUUCCGCCAAUUGCUACUUCAAAGGUGCCGGACGGAGUAUGAAGCUAAAGACCAAGCUGCAAAAGGGGAUGAAGUGACUCGAAAACGAUUUCAUGCAUUUGUUCUGUUUCUGGGAGAACUAUAUCUUAACCUGGAGAUUAAAGGAACGAAUGGACAGGUUACAAGAGCAGAUAUUCUUCAGGUUGGUCUUCGGGAACUGCUGAAUGCUCUGUUCUCUAAUCCUAUGGAUGACAACUUAAUUUGUGCAGUAAAAUUGCUAAAGUUAACAGGGUCAGUUUUAGAAGAUACUUGGAAGGAAAAGGGGAAAACUGAUAUGGAAGAAAUAAUUCAGAGAAUUGAAAAUGUUGUCCUAGAUGCAAACUGCAGCAGAGAUGUGAAACAGAUGCUCCUGAAGCUUGUUGAACUUCGAUCAAGUAACUGGGGCAGGGUCCAUGCAACCUCAACAUACAGAGAAGCUACCCCUGAAAAUGACCCUAACUAUUUCAUGAAUGAACCAACAUUUUAUACAUCUGAUGGUGUUCCUUUCACUGCAGCUGACCCAGAUUACCAAGAAAAGUAUCAAGAGUUACUUGAAAGAGAGGACUUUUUUCCAGAUUAUGAAGAAAAUGGAACAGAUUUAUCAGGGGCUGGUGACCCAUAUUUGGAUGAUAUCGAUGAUGAGAUGGACCCAGAGAUUGAAGAAGCUUAUGAAAAGUUUUGUUUGGAAUCAGAGCGCAAGCGAAAACAGUAAAGUUAAAUUUGAGGAUAUCCGGGUUUUUUUUUUUUUUUUUUUUUUUUUUUUUUUUUUUUUUAAUUAAAGUUUAGGUAUGCUGAUUUAGCAGAACACAGGAAAGCAAGAAACUGUGUCAGACUUAUACCAAAUUAAGGAUGUUGAGUUAUGUUACUAAUGUAUGCAACUUUAAUUUUGUUUAACACUACCUGCCAAAAUAAACUUUAUUCCUGUAACUUAAAAUGUGUAUAUAUAUAUAAUAGUUUUAUUAUGUACAGUUAAUUCACUGUUUUGGCUGCAAUAAAAUCGAUUUUGAAAUAAAUGAAAUGUUGAAAGAAAAUUUUGCUAGCUGGUUAGAUGCUUAUUGUUCAACUUCUUUUUUUUUUUUUUUUUUGAGGUUAAAAAGUCUUAGCCUGGAAAUACAUAUUACUGCAAAAAUGUAGCAUUCUUUUUUAGAUAUGACUAUUACAGCUUUUAUUUUACUUUAGCAUUUGAUUCUCUAUAUAUUGAGUUUCAAGUACUAA